AUGAAGCACAUCUCUCUACUAGUCGCCGCCGUGAUCACGGUCUCGGGCGUCCACGCCGGCCUCAACCCAUCCCACGAGGUGUGGCAGUGCGCCCCCAUCGUGGCCGAAGAGUGCUGCACGACGGGCUACUACUGCGAGGCCGGCACCCACUGCUACCUCGAAGACGAUACCGGCGACCAAUACUGCCUCACCCCCGAGGAGGUGGCCGAGCAAGAGCAAGCCGUUGGGGACGACGACGACAGCACCUCUAGUGGCAGCAGCGGUGGUGGCGGCAUCCGCUUCAAGCCAACGAAGCCGGCCUCUGCGGCGGCGGCGGCCCAGACCGUGUCCUCCAAAGUUGGCGGUGCCGGAGGCGCCCUUGCUGGAGUGGUGGCGUUUGGUGCGCUCGCCCUCGCGAUGGCGUGA